CCGCCUCAGUCACGACAACCGGGAGAGCACCACCGCAGCCAUGGCCCCAGCUCCGCGUUCCUACUCUAAGACCUAUAAGGUCCCUCGUCGACCAUACGAAUCGGCUCGUCUUGACUCUGAAUUGAAGAUCGUCGGCGAGUACGGUCUCCGCAACAAGCGUGAGGUGUGGCGUGUCCAGCUCACCCUCUCCAAGAUUCGUCGUGCUGCUCGUGAACUUCUUACCCUCGACGAGAAGGACCCCAAGCGUCUUUUCGAAGGUAAUGCCUUGAUUCGUCGUCUGGUUCGUGUCGGUGUGCUCGAUGAGUCCCGCAUGAAGCUCGAUUACGUCUUGGCCUUGAAGAUUGAGGAUUUCUUGGAGCGCCGUCUCCAGACCUGUGUCUACAAACUCGGUCUUGCCAAGUCUAUCCACCAUGCCCGUGUUCUGAUCCGCCAGCGUCACAUCCGUGUCGGCAAGCAGAUCGUCAACGUCCCUUCAUACAUGGUCCGCCUUGACUCCCAGAAGCACAUUGACUUCGCCCUCACCUCUCCCUUCGGCGGUGGUCGCCCUGGCCGUGUCCGCCGCAAGAAGUCCAAGGCCGCGGAGGGUGGCGAUGGCGACGAUGAGGAGGAAGAGGAGGAAUAGAUCAAAAAUUGAUACCAAAAAGUCUUUACGGACAGGGCCUCUGAGGAGUUUUCUGAUGCAGCAUAGGAUAGCAUGUUGUAUGAUCAUGAUUCAAUAUGAACUAGCUACACAGGUAGCUUUAUUUUCAGAGGUUCAAAAUACU